UUUCUCUUUCUCUUCUUUUUGUGCCGCCCCACUCUCUCAUUCUGUCAAACGUCCAAAACACCUCUAUGCCAUCAUCACACAUACAGCUCCUCCACAGCUCUUGUUGUCUAUACUGAGGCCCAUAAAAAGUAAUAGAGAAGGAAGACCAGGUAAAAGGAAAGAGGAUUCUCUUUACAAUUUGUUUGUUUGUUUGUUUGGUUUUAUCAAUCCUACCUGGUGACCUAUUCAUCUCCAGUAUUUCCUCCCUUCCUCUUUAAGUUUAUUGCAUGAUCAACUCAUCAUUUUCUUUCGACUGAUCAAUCUGAUUCCGUCUGAAAUCUCUGUCGAUUCAACAGUUGAGAUUUUCGUUCAAUCAAAGAGACAGAGACUUCGAAAGCAAGGGGGAUGGCAUCAGCGAUGGAAAUUGGAGUCAAAAUAAGAAAAAUGCUGAUUAUUUCAAUCAGAGCAUGCCAUAGAUCGCUUUGUAAUCAUCCUUUCCUCGUGGGCGUCCUGGGAUGUUUGAUUUUUCUGUACAGAUCCUUUCCUUUUGUAUUUUCCAUUUUGGUUUCUGCUUCCCCUGUUUUGGUCUGCACUGCUGUUCUGCUUGGGACUCUUCUUAGUUUUGGGCAACCCAACACUCCUGAAAUUGAAAAGGAAGAGGAAGUUGCUCAUGACAUUUCAUCCUUUCAAACUGGGUUUUCAGAGGGUGCCACUGUCAUUGCUGAGAAAGAGGAGAGCGUUGUUGUAAAAACACAUACAGAAAGUAGAGGUGUUAUAGAAGAAGAGAGGAGCAUUGAAGAAGCAAGCUUGGGAGAAGAUAAAACUAGGAAUAUUGACGAAAGUGGCAAUUUAAUUUCUUUCGCGCCACCAGUUGAUGGAAUCUCUCAAAAUUUCCAGAAUGAGAGCCAAGCACGCGAGCAAAUGGAUAGAGAACUCUGCAGUUUUGAGUUGGAUAAUAAGAAGGAAGUUCAUGAAGAGAAAUCGAAGGCUGAAGGCAUUUCAAGCGAUGACGAUGCUAUUGAGAAACAAUACGUUUUUGUUCAAAAAGUAAACGAUGACAUUCUUGAUGAUGAAAAUGAAGAAACUGUUGCAGAGCUGCUUCAAACUUUGAAAGGAGAUCAGUUGGACUUUUCAUCCAAUUCCUCUUGGAAAGCGGUGGAUCACAAUGAAGAGGAAGACUCUUUGGAAUCGGGGUCUGAUCGGGCAGAGAGCUCCUCACCUGAUGCUUCCAUGGCAGAUAUAAUGCCAAUGCUUGAGGAACUCCACCCACUGUUAGACCUGGAAGCCUCGCAGACUGCACAAUUGUCCCGUGAUGAAUCUGCUGUUUCAGAGAAGUCUCAAAAGAUUGAUGAUGGCAGUGUUCAAUCAGAUGAAGAUACUGAGAAUCGGGUUGAAGUGGAAGAAGAGGGCGUUGAUGAUCACGACGAUGAAGAGGAAGAAGGUGGCAAAGAGGAUGAAAGUAAAUCCGCUAUUAAGUGGACAGAAGACGACCAAAAGAAUCUCAUGGAUCUGGGGACUUCAGAGCUCGAGAGGAACCAGCGAUUAGAGAAUCUCAUUGCAAGGAGAAGGGCACGGAAAAUGAUGGUUGAGAAAAAUCUAAUAGAUUUUGAAAGUUCUGAUCUUCCCUUCAAUGUCACUCCCAUCACAACAACAAGACGCAACCCCUUCGACCUACUUGAUGAUUCUUAUGCUGCCAUGGGGUUACCACCCAUUCCUGGUUCUGCUCCUUCUAAUCUACAGCCUAGACGAAACCCUUUUGAUAUUCCUUAUGAUCCUAAUGAAGAAAAACCUGAUCUCAAGGGCGAUAGCUUUGAACAGGAGUUCCUGACAUUUAACCAGAAGGAUACAUUUUUCCGGAGGCAUGAAAGUUUCAGCUUUAGGCCAUCUGUAUUAGGUGCAACCAAGCGCGGGAAGCAAAAUUUGAUUUGGAAACCUAUCUUUUUGUCAGAGCAGCAGGCUUCAGAGGGAACAAGCUACCCGUCAUUCCAGAGGCAGUUAAGUGAAGUAAGUGAAACGAAUUUGAGUUCUGUUCAGGAUACUGAAUCAGUGAGUUCAAGUGAUCAGGAUGAGAGGAAGUUUGAUGAACGAGAUUUGUCUCAAGAAACAGAAUUAAUAUCCAACAUAGAUCAUGCUUCUGAAUGUGUUGAAAUUGGAAGUCAAUCCUCUGGAGAAAUUGAUCCUGUGGAAAUGAUACAAGUACAUGAGAGCAAUUCUCACCAUGGUGAAGUUGAAAUAAUGUUGGGUGGGGCGGAAAAUCUUUCUGAGAUGGCACUCUAUCCUGAAGCAGGAGAGAUUGCAACACAUGAGGAAUUAAAUACGGGUGAAAUUGAAGCCCAUUUAGGUAGAGAAACAGUUGUUGGGGAAAGCAACGGCAGAUCAAGCCAGUUUUCACUAUUGGAAGGGACUGACAACAUGCCUGAUGAGAUGAGAGUGAUAUCAGCAAGUUUACAGUCAGGAGAUAAUAAUCUACUGGACUCCAGAGAUUCUGUGGAGCAGGUGGACCUCCAUAAUGUGAGUGCUGGGGUGGAAGGCAACCAAAACAGGGUUCCUCUUUAUGAUUCUAGCCCACUAACUGCUGGCAAGUUUGCAUCAUUUUCUUCUGUAUCUUCUGAUUCAGCAACAGAGUUUAAUGAGAGGGCUUGGCCUAUGUCACCAGCAGGAAUGGUUGCUGACGUGAUGGAUACAGAUGAUCAUGCUCAAGAAGCCAGUACUUCCGGUCUUGAAGAAAAUCACUCGGCAACUUCUCAGCUGCAUAUGGAAGUAAAUGAUGAACGGCACUCUGGGGAUUCUGAAGAUAUAAAUCAGCAUGAUGUCAAUGCUGAGCUGGCUUCAGUUGCCCCAAGCUUUGUAGAGGAUAAUGAAUCUUCAGUGCCUGUGCCUCAGGUCACGCAGCCUGUUUCUGUGGAUUCAAGUUUGUCUUCAAAUGUUGGAUCAUUAAAUGCAGAGAUGAACACAGACUUGGCUUAUGAACAGGAGCAAGCUGACCUCUUACGUGCUGAAUCUGAAGUUCAAAAAGACAAUUCAGAUGAUUCACCCUCUGGCUGUCACAUGGCUUUGGAGAAAUCACAUUCAUCCCAUGAUAAAUCUGUGGAGGAAGGCUCAGUUCACUACAGUGCAGAGCCAUCCAGAUUUGACGAUGGAAAUACAUCUGAGGGGGUCCAAGAUGCAGAUGAAAAGCUCGAGGUGGUAGAAUCUUAUUCCCUAUUUGAUAAGUCUUCGAGCAAUUUAUCUACGCCAGUACUGCAGGACUUGCAACCUUCGCUGGAAGCUGAGCAAGUUUCAAUAGUUCAUUCCGAUCUUUCUUCUGAAGAAACAAGACUUGUAGAAAAAAAUUCACUGAACAAGGAAGAGAUGUUUGAGGUUGAACGAGAUAAAUAUGAGAAGCUGGAUUUGAUGGCUUCUCAUUCCCAGCAUAUGUCUUCAAGUGAUUCAUCAAUGUCCGCAGCACAGGAGAUGCAGCCUUCACUAGGGGCCGAGCAAGCUUCAUUUGUUCAUCCAAUUAUGCCUUCUAAAGAAAAUGAACGCGUGGAGGAAACUUCGCUAAAAAAGGACGACGCGGUUGUUGUUGAGCAGGAUAAAUUAUUCUUGUCACAUUCUUUCGAGCAGGGGAACAUUGAUAUCCGUCAAGGUUUGGAUAGGGUGGUUUCUUCUAGUUCGGAUUGUCAGUAUGUGCAAUGUGAAGUAAAAUCCCCCUCUAUCUUGGACGGUGACCUGCCAAAUGCAGAUAAUUCAUUAGUUGCACCAUCUUUUAGUGAUCAUGAUGAAAGUCAGAAAUCUUGUAUUGUACAGGUUGAAUCCACAGAGACCAGAGACGAAGUUCUGCCACAGAUCUCUGCUAUUACUUCCUAUUCAUCUGACACUCCUGGAUUGAAAUUGCCAACUGAGCAAGUGGAUUCAGAAGUUGAUAAGCCUGGGAAAGUUGUCAAUGAGAUGCAAGAAAUAUUGAAUUCCUCGGCAGAAGGCUACAGGUCUCUGGUUACUGAAGAAAAUGUCAAAGAAUCAGAUGAACUAAAAGAAAUUGAUGAAGGAUUCUUGUCAGAAUUGGACACUGUCGGGGAUUUUGGCAUCAGUGAUGCUGGUGUAUCACUUCAUCCUAACCUAUUGCCUGAGGAUACUACGGUUAGGGAUGCUCAGGUUAGUUUGUUUCCUAAAGAUAUAGCAAAGUAUGAUCAAGAGAUACCAUUUCUUGAAGCAAGAUCACUUGACGAUAUUGAUUUGGCUUUCAAGCAACUUAAAGGAGUGGAUGUGGAGCAGGUCAUCCAACCAAGUUCAGUUAAGGAUCUGCUUACUGGUGAUGGUGUGCAAUCUCUUCAUCCUGAUCUAUUGCCAGAGGUGAAUACUGUUGGGGAUGCUCAGGGAUGUUCAUUGCCCAAAGUUACAGCUGAGGCUGGUCAAGAGAUCCCAUUUCUUGAAGCAAGAUCACUUGAAGAUAUUGACUUGGCUUUCAAGCAACUUAAAGAAGGAGUGGAUUUUGAGAAGGUCAUGUUACCAAGUUCAAUUAAGGAUCAGCCUUCUGGCGAUGCUGCGAUCUCACUUUAUCCUGAUCUAUUGCUGGUGGAGACUGCUGAUAGGGAUGCUCAAGUAAGUUCACUGUCCGAAGAUGCAACAGGGUUUGGGAAAGAGAUCCCACUUGUUGAAGCAAGAUCGCCUGAAGAUAUUGACUCUGCUUUCAAACGACUUACAGAAAGAGCGGAUGUUAAGAAGGUCACCCUACCUAGCACGGGAGAUCAGCUUUCCAGUGACAAAUCUGAAGAACCUGUUGCUAAUUCAGACUUUCAAGUUGCUGAAGCUAGAUCUCACGAUGAUACCACUAUCAGUUUAGAGGAAAUCUCAGAAGGCACUCAAGGGGAGCUGCCGGAGGUUUUAAAUAUGAAGGAUGCACCGGCGGACAUAGAAGUGAAAGAAGUUGGCUCAGCUAAGAUGAUUGAGUCCAGUCAUGCAGGGUCUGAUGCUGACGAACAGGGCAAACUUCUGUAGUUGGAACGGAACAUGCUUCGACAAGCAACUCAAACAUUCAUCAUAGGAGAUCUAGUUCCAGCUCAAGUGAUUCUGACUGAUACUGAAAUUAAACUAUGAGCAGGAAGAAAUAGUUGCGGAUUUCUUAUUUUACAGCCUUUUUUUGUCCACUGCAGUGAUGAGAGCUUGGAUUCCUGGCCUCGUUAUCAUCCUCCCUAAGGGUAGUCAUAUUUUUCUAUUUUUUGAAGGAUUGGUUUCUUCAAGAAUGAGUUUUGGUUUGAUUUCUUGAAGUGUGGGGUUUCUUUUUAUUCGGUUUUCCCCGUUGAGUGUGAGUUGUCUUACUGAGGCAUAUAGACUGAGACCUUAUUUCCAACAGUUGCAAUAUAUGUAAAAAAAAAAAAGAAUGCUGUAAAUCAUACGUUGGUUUGUAGAAACGGUGUUUGGAUUUUGGCUUUCCUUCAUAUAACAGAUAGUUAUUUUCUGGUCUCUGUUCUUUUUUCCA